AUCGCCAAACAUAUACACGAGGUUAGAUUGUGGAAUGACCGGAAGGGAAAGGGUGGAAAAAAAGUUCUUUCUAAGACAGGAGAGUGCAAGAGAGGAAGAAACUCUAGAAAUAUGUCAUCAAACACAGAUCAAAAGAUAAAGAAACCCGAUGAAGAUGUGGUUUCAAAACCACAACCUCAAAACAAUGAUAAACUGAGCACUAGUCCAAAAUCUCUUUUGAAACAAAUUGCCAAGAUAAAUGAAGUACUACCGCCAAGUCAUCCAGAUGAUUCUCCAACAAUCCAUUUUGUACCCUUACAAACGUCUCAGAAAGGAUAUUCUCGACGAAGUUCUGGAAUACUUGCAACAGUAAAUACACCCAAAACACUUAUACAGAAGUUUCUAUCUGAAGCUCCAACCGAAACUCCAGUAAUACCAUCCAAUAUGACAGGCAACAGUUCUUCAUUAGAAAAAUCUUCUGUACCUUUACCUGCCAAAGUAAUGGAUUCUUACAAUUACAGAGAUCUUUCAGUAACUGCUAGUGACCUUGAAGAAGAGCCUGUAUUGGGGAGUGAAUCAAUAACUUCAGAAGAAAAAGCUUCGAAACUUAAAGAUAGUCAUGUAGGCUUUCAGAAAAAUUCUUCAAAAGGGCUGAAGCGACCAAGAAGACAAAUAACAGCAAAAGACAUAGCAGAUGGAGUGAAGCAAUCACAAGAUGCUGAAGAAGAUGAUGAAAUUUCUCUUCACAAACCAAAAAUAGUUAUGAAAAUUAGAAAGAAAAUUACUGCAGAUGAUCUUGCAAUGGGUAUCAAACAAUCACAAGAAGCUGCCGCAGCUACUGAGGCAAAACCUACUGAUAUAACAGAAAUGUCAACAAGUGACUCAUCACUUGGAUUUUUGACAGUGAAUUCUGAAAAUACUGAACAUUUUCUGGAUACCACAAAUGUAGCAGUUGAAGAUAGCUCAGAUGAAUCAGAUUUGUCUGAGGAUUGUUCCAACCAUGGAAACAAGCAAUCAAAAUCAGAUGCAGUACAAUCAGAGAAAAACCCUCCGAAUUCAAGUGAGAGAGAAAAAACAUGGAAAAUUGAUGAUGUUAAUCGAAUGUGUUUGGAAGAAAGUUUAAAAGUAUUGCGAGAUGCAAGCGAUAAACAUGCAUCAAAAGAAAAGUUACAAUAUAAACCUGAGAAACCUAAUAAUUCUGUGAUUUCUCAACCAAGAAAAAGUACCAGUUUGACUGAGACAAUACCAAGCUUCCAGCUGAGCCAACGCACAACAAAAGAUUUAACAAACCUUUCAGACUCAGAAAACUCAGUUAAACAUACUUCUCAUGUCAAUUUGGCUAACUCUUCUUCUUCACUCAGCUUUCUUAAGAAACUUACUGUGAGCCUUACUGAUAUCAGCUGUAGUGGAAACCAGCAAUCUAUGACCGCAUCAACUAAAAACUUCCUAAAUUCUACUAAAAAUAUUAAAAGUAGGGAUGAUGCAGCAUUAAGUGAUAAUAAAGGGAAAGAAAAAGACAGGUUCAUCAUCAGAGAAAACAAGGAGAUUUCAGAUUCACCAUCUUCUUCUGAUUCUGAAUUUAAGACCUCCAGAAAAAUCACUUAUGAUAAAGACAUUAAAUCUAAGCAGGAUGCUGCUGUUAUCUCUAGCAAUAGGAAUUCUGACUGCGAGGAUAUUACUGAAGAAAAACCAUCUGAGUUAAAAGAGGUAACACCUGAUAUAGGAUCUUUGAAAUUAAAAGAGAAAUCUACAAAUUGUGAAGAAACCAAAAUCGGACAAAGUGAUGUGGCAACUGAUAAAGACACUUUCGUUGAAGAUCUUGCAGAAAUGCCAUUGGAAACUAAAGAUGUAGAAUAUACAAGUGAAUUCAUUCAGACAUUUUCCUUGGAAAGUUUAAAUGAAGAGACUGUUUCUUCAAAUGUGAGUCAGAAUAAAACGGAUGAAAAAAUUGAAGUGAGAAGCAAAAAUGAAAUGGUAGCCCAUACACAGGAAAAGCAAAAUAUAGCAGACCAGCAUGAGAGCAAGACCAAUUAUGGUAGAAUGCUAGAGGGACAGAUGGAACUGAAUGAAGAACCUGUCAAAGAUUUUGUUCCUGUAAACAAUGUUGUUUUAGAGCUACAUGAAGAGAUGGUUGUAAUUGAGGAUGAAAAUGAAGUGAUUGAAGUACAAGAUGAACCAAUUGUUGAAAUACUUGAUGAAGAAUAUAUAAGAUUACAUAAUGAAGAUCUCAUAGGUAUCAAUCGGGAGGCAGCAUUUGUGUAUCAAACAGAAAAUAAAGAUACGAAAAACCUACAAAAGGAAAAUCAAAUGACAUUAAAUGAAGACAUUGAAAAGAAACACGAUCAGCAUGCAGAAAAAAUUCCAGUAGAUGUGCAAGAUGACAAAAUGAAACCUGAGAGAGAAACUAGAAAAGAAAAAGAACUAAGUAGUAAUGUGGAAGAAAUAGUAGUAACAGGUAUAGAUGAAGCAAGAAGGAAAUCAGGGGUGGGUAAGAAUAAUGAAAAUGUAUUACAAGAUAAAGUUGAUGUGACUACAGAUGAAAAGGAAAUCAGUGUAACAAAGAGCAAAGUAGAGGUUAGUACAGCACAAGAUGAAGAAGAGGACAUUCCACUGUUUGAAGUUGAAAGCUUGUCAGAAGAUGAAAUCAGUGAAAUUGAUAGGAGCACGAAAGGGGAAAACAGGAGUGUCAGUCAGAGUGAAGGUGGAGAAGAAGACAUUCCACUGUUUGAAGUUGAAAGCUUGUCACAAGUUGAAAUCAGUAAAGUUUCAGGUGAAGUUGACGAGAGUGCAAAAGGGGAAAACGCAAGUGUCCACCAGUGUGAAAGUGACACUAGCAUGCCCCAUGUUAAAACUGACAUUGAGUUAAGCCUAGAUAAGAGUGAGACUAAGUCAUUUCAGAAUGAAGAUGAUAUUGGCAAAAUACAAGACAAAAGUGAGGACAAUAUGGCCCAAAAUAAAACUGAAAUUGAUAUGAUUCUGGUUGAAAGCAAGGCUGAUGGAAAACAGAGCAACAAAACAGGUGUAACUCAGGAUGAAAGUGAAAUCUAUUUCAUCCAAAAUGAAAGAAAAACAGGCAUGACCCAAAAUGAAGGUGGUGUAACUCAAGAUAAAAGCAAGGAUUCUGUGAUUCAAGAUGAAAGCAAGGCUUGGGUGACCCAGGAAGAAAGCGAAGCUGGCAAGACCCAAGAUGAAAGUGAGGCUGAUGUGGCCCAAGAAAAAAGUGAGACUGGUGUGCCCCAGGAUGGAAGUGAAGCUGAUGCACUCCAGAGUGAGAAUGUGGAUGGUGAAUCCCAAAUAGAAAGCAAGGAUUAUGUGUCAGAAAUAGAAAGCAAGGACUCUACAUCCGAAGCUGAAAGUGAAGUUGCUGUAACCCAGCACAAGCACAAUCUUAGUGGAAUUCAAGAAGAAUUUGAGACUGGUGCAAUUCAGAAUGACAGCAAGAUAAGCGUCACCCAAGAUAGAAGCAAGUCUAGCAUGAUACAGCAUGAAGUUGAUGUGAUACCAGAAGAAAGUGAAGCUGGUGAGACCCAAGAAGAAAGCAAAGCUGGUGAAAUCCAGGAAGAAAGAAAGGUUGGUGAGACUCGGGAAGAAAGUGAGAAUAGUGAAUCCCAGGAAGAAAGCGAAGAUGGUGAAACCCAGGGAGAAAGUGAGGCUGGUGAGACCCAGGAAGAAAGUGAGGCUGGUGAGACCCAAGAAGAAAGUGAGGCUGGUAAGACCCAGGAUGAAAGUGAGGCUGGUAAGACCCAGGAUGAAAGUGAGACUGGUAAGACCCAGGAUGAAAGUGAGGCUGGUAAGACCCAGGAUGAAAGUGAGGCUGGUGAGACCCAGGAUGAAAUUGAGGCUGGUAAGACCCAGGAUGAAAGUGAAGCUGGUGAAUCUCAAGAAGAAAAUGAAGCUGGUAAGACCCAGGAAGGAAACAAGACAGCCACAAAACUGGAUAAGCCUGACUUAUAUGAGAUCAUGGCUGGCCAGGUAAAAUAUUUGACUCUAACCAGAGAUAGAAAGAGAAGUGAGGUCCAAUGUCCAGCCAAUGUAAUGCAAGAUGAAGACAUGCCUGCUACAACUAAUGAUUUUGAUUUUCUUAAUGAAAUCAAAAAUGAUGACAGAGAAGAACAAGAAUUUAAUAUCAAAGUAAAAUCUGUAAGCAAGAAUAAAAGUACUUCUAGGGUAAAAGAACUGGCUGAAAAUGAAAUACAAGUAGAUGAUGAAGCUAUCUUUCAGCAAAACAUUGAACACUCAAAGAAGUAUUACUUAAGAGGUAAAGAGAGCCAAACAACUCCUUCCUGCUCUUCCUUGCAACAAAGAUCUUCUGUUGCUAAUCCAUCAGUCUCUCCAAAGCCUUCAAAGUCUCAAGAUCUUAGCUUAAAACGUAGAGGAACAAAACGAAAAUCUGCUAGUGACCAUACAACAGAGGCUGAACAAGUAUCAGCUCAUUCAGUUUCAGAGAAACUAAGACGACGAAGCAGAGAGACAAAUUUAAGUAAAACCAGAUCAUAUAGAAUUGUAGACUCUUUGAGUGGAAUUGGAGACUCUUUGACAAUCAGUAAUCAAGCUAUAAAGCAGCUUCCCCCGGAUAUUGGGACAGUUCCAAAUGAAAAUCAACGUUUGCAGAAGACAGAUCAACAAAUAUCAGGUUGGACAUUGUUUUGUUUUUUUUUUAAACUUGCUUUUGAAUGUUUAUAUACUGGACCCAUCUUGAUUUGGUAUUACUCAUUCAUUCAUCUAAGCUGAAAAUGAUAGGUGCCAAUUCAUUUUCAAGAAUUGCAAGUCAAAGAACUUGACUGUUAAAAGAUUGGAAGUCCACUUUGACAUACCCAUUUCCAUCAAGUCAUAUUAGGAUGUUGAGAGGGAUCUGUUGUUUCAGUUACUCAUUUUCGAGCGAGAUCGUUGUCAGUGCCCCUGGACUGGCU